ACGCUACUCACCUUUUCGGGCUCUGCCUGCCAGCAUGGCUUCUCCGGGACCUUCAUGGAUUUCUCCCUCCUGGGUUCCGUUCUAAUCCCAUCGGAUACCUGGGAUUCAACAAAAACCCAUCCCGAGAACAGACCUUUUGCCAGCGAUGGUCUGAAUUGGUUUACUGGACCCUGAUCCUUGUUGACUGGAACGUGUGGGGACAGCACUGUGGGCACCAUGAAGAAGAUGUUCUCUUGCUCCAGCAACCAAGUGGCAGUUGAGAGCUGGAACAAACAUGAUCAGAAGCUUUUGGAUUCUGUUGAGAAAGGGGAUGUGGGGAGAGUUUCUGCUCUUGCUUCCAAGAAAACAGCAACCCCCACCAAGCUUAAUGCCCUGGGUCAAUCCGCGUUCCACUUGGCAGCAUCCAAGGGGCUGACAGAAUGCCUUACAAUCCUCCUGACUCACGGUGCAGAAGUUAACGAUAAGAAUGAUGAUGGCAGUACGGCUUUACAUUUGGCGACCAUCGCCUGCCAGCCUCAGUGUGUGAAAGUCCUUCUGCAGCAUGGAGCCAAUGAAGACUGUGUAGAUGGAGAGAAUCGUACACCUCUACACUGGGCAGCCUUCUCAGGAUGCGCAUCUAGUGUGUUGCUGUUGUGUGAUCAAGAAGCUUUCCUGGAUGUUAUGGACAACAACGGACGGACGCCUUUGAUGGUUGCAGCUCAGGGGAACUAUCCUGCCAUCUGCUCCCAGUUGCUCCAGAGAGAAGCCACAGUUGACCUCGUGGACAAAGAUGGAAAAACUGCCCUCAUUCUUGCUUGUGAGAGUGGCAGCAUGGAAUCUGCUGAGCUGCUUCUCCAGAAUGGGGCCAACGUAGGGCUGAUGGACAAGACAGGACGUGACGCCCUCUUCUAUGCCACAAAGACCAAGAACCGUCCACUGAAGCGUCUGCUUCGGAAUGCCGUGAAGAAGUCAAAGAAAAGAGAAAGUGGGCUUGACUGCGCAUCAGAAGCUGGUUCACAGGUUCCCUCUGAGAGUGGCAAAGACACCGAUGUAAGUAGCCUGGCCCUCCACAGCGAGAGAGGAGAUGAGAGUGAUGAUGAAGACGAGGAAGAGGAUGCAGAGCUGAAAGAAUGGAGGAGUCGAUACCGAGAUGAGAAGAUGAAGGUCAUCCAACUAGAGCUGCAGUUGGCCCAGAAGACAAAAGAAUGCGGCAGCCUCUCAGAAGGAUGUAAAGCGAUAAAGGAAAAGGUAUGGGACCAGGUGCAAGAGAUUAACCAGCUCCUUCCUGAGGGGAACAACAACAGCCGGGACUGGGAGGUGCUGAGCAAAAGGUAUAGCUGCGACGACGUUACAGAAGAAGAUUAUUACCUCAACCUUUUGGCUGAGCAAGUACAAGAGCUCAAAAGGAGGAAGAAGCAACGCGAAGAGCAGGAGAAGCAUCAUGUCGAAACCCAGACAGUGGAAGGGGGAAAAGAAGAGCCCAAGACUGUGGUGAUCCAAGAGGAGAGAAUACGGUGGCCUGGUGAAGAGGAGGAGGAAGAGAAGAAACAGCAGCAGAUGGAACUGAGGCGUCUUCAGGCCGAAGUGGCUGCGGCCCUUGAAGAAAAGGCAAGCGCUGCACAAAGGGUCCAAGAGAUGGAAGGCCACAUGGAGAAUAUGAGAGCGGUGAUCACUGUCUAUGAAGCCAAGAAGAAGUCACAGAGCGGGGCACUGAAGGAGCUGGAGGCUCACGUGGAGGAACUGAAUGCUGAAAACCAGCAGCUGCGUGGGCUACUGGCGAAAAAUAUAGGGGAGACUGAGAAAGUGGGGAAACAGGGAACAGGCUUCCCCAGUGAUAAAGUAUGCCAGUUCUUCACUGAGAUGGAGGAGGAGUACUCCAGGGCACAGAAGGAAAACUCCAUUGUAAUGACUGAGAAUGAGGCCCUGAAAAAGGAAGCCGACGAUGCCAUCCGAUUCAAUCUCCAGUUUCAGGCGGUGCCGACAGGAACAGUCAGGAGGAGUGUGUCUAUUUGGAAGAAGGUAGUCACCAGCCUAGAGAAUGCCCUCGCCAAGUUGGAGCAGGUCAACUCCCGCCUUCUGGAGAAAGUCAGGCCCCUUCGGGAAGCCAUUUUGACCUCUCAGUCAGGAGUCAUAGUUAACGGCACGGGGCAUCAGGAAGAAGAGGUGGAAAAGGUCGAGACAGGGAAGAAUCAACUAUGUGAUGAAACGCUUGGGCAUGUCAAACUCAGGGUGAAGCCUGACAGGGGUGAAAACAAGGCCCGUUCAAGUCGAAGGAGCUCUGACCUGGAGAAGGAGGUGUGGGAUCUCAAACAGAAUAACGGCAACCUUGUGAAGGAGCUGGCUAAGCUGAGCAGGGAGAGGGAGAAACUACAGGAGGAGCUGCACGGGUUGUUCCAUCCAAAAGAGGAAUCGCCUCAGAAGGAGGUGACAGGGAGCUUGGUGGAGGAGUUGAAGAAGACUGUCAACUCCUUGUCCCAACAGCUUUCAACUGAGAAAGAAGAAUCAAAGAAGAUGCAGCUGAAACUGGAAGUCCAGAGGAAGGAGAUGGUGGCUGUGAGGGACAGCUUCUUGAAACAGAUGACCAAAGAGGCCAGUAACAAUGGGAAUGAAAACCUUGGUAGUUGCAUCUUGAGGGAGCUACACUGGAAGCUCGACAAUGUUGUGAAGAAGCAGAACGAAGCCUUACAGCUGGUAUCUGAGAUGGAAGAGGCAAACCACGCCCUUGAGACUGACCGCACACAAUUUGCAGACCAUAACGGCUUCAAACCUUCCGCAGCAGAUGAAAAAUCUUGGCGAGAAAUGUACUCCGAGGCCUCAGAUGCCAUUGCUGAUAACUGGAAAGUCAGGCAGCGGAUGAACGAGCUGGAGAAAGGCCUGCAGGAGCUGAAGGAGCUGUACGAAGCAGCCCAGGCCUCUCUGCUCGGGAGAGGUGAAGAGGCGGCCACGAUGAAAAACCUGAUUGACCAGCUCACCAUCAAGAUGGCUGAGCUGCGCCAUGAGGAGGAGGAGGCUCUCCGGAAACACGAGAAGGUCCGUGGCAUGCUGUCUCUCAGGGCCCAAGCCUUGGGAGAGGAGCUGGCUGCCCUUCAGGAAAAGUAUGAGAAAGCGAGCGGGGAGUCUGCCCACCACAAGGAAGCGCUUGCUUCUGAGAGGCAGAAGAACAAAGAGUUGCUAUCUGAGGCAGCAGAGCACGAGGAGGAAGUGGACGAACUGAGAGGGAAGUCACAGCGGCUGGAGAUUUCAGUGGACAAGUUGAACAGGAAGGUGGAAGAGCUGACCAAGACUUGCCAGGACAGAGAAGCGAAGAUAAAGAAGCUGCUAAAAGAAACCGAGAAGCUUUCGAGCGAAGUCCUCAACCUGCGCAGUGAACGUGCCCGUCUCCACCUGCAAAUCGAAGUUAUCCAGAAGAAUCAUCAAGAUAUCGUGUCCAUUUACAGAACCCACCUGCUCAAUGCGGCCCAGGAUUUAAUUCCACUGUGGACAAUAAUAAGAGAAGAGGAACACUGGUCUGUUACUUCUACGUCCAGAAACUGGUACGCUCCUUCACUGCCAGGAAACAGGAGCCAUCUUUAACUUCUAAAACACCAAAAAUGCUACAUAAAUAUUGAGUAUUUUAAGUAUUCUCUGAGGGCCACAGGGGAUGAGAAAUUUAGUCUCUUUUUAAAAACUUUAAAUUGUAGCUGUGUCCCACUGUUAAGAAACUAAAGUGGCGGAGAAGGUGUGUGUAUGUCUAAAAUCUGCACUCUGAUGCUUCCAAUUCAGUGAUGCGAUUCUGUGAUUGGAAUUACUUACAGAAGUUAGAAUUACUUAACAGGCAAUGCAUACACCAGCACGCCAUUCUUCUCUCUCUCUCUCUUUUUUAAACAGAAUCAGGAAUUUAGGGUGAGGGCAGGAGACGUAGAAGGAAGGAAAGUACGAAAUAAGAUCAUGAGAAGCAAAUGGUAUAUAAAGGAGUGAAGUACCCACCCUUAAUCAUCAGUACCAUUGUGACUGCUCUUGUCGCCACUGAGCUAGCCUCAAGGACAGUUUGACGCCUUACACUGAAAUAACCCUCUCCUGCAUUAAUUGAUGUAGACUACAGUCCAUUGGGAAAUUUUCCCAUACAUGCCUCAUUGAAAUGAAUAGGAAGUAUGCAAGAGCCCUGUUGUUUUUCUCACUGGAGUUUGUACAAGAAAAACUUCCCAGUGGAUUGGACCAAAAAGGCCUUUUGUCCUUCCUCCCUCCCACCUCCAUUCCGUGGCUAAGUACUAUUUGUUAAUCUUUGAUUAAAGGGGGUUUACAUCAUCAAAGGAUUUAUUUUAUUGCUUUUUGUCGUCGAUUGUUUUGUUGGUUUUCGGUUUUUAAAAUGUCACCUUCCUUCAUACCCGUGAAAAGUCAAAUAAAUGGUGAACGU